CGCACAUGUUGGACUUUGAGAUACCGAACCUCGCGUCUAUUUAUCUUUUCAAUUUCACUGGAUCGAUUUCUUGACUUGUUUUUUUCGGGAGAAGUAUGGCUGCAAAUUAUAGGAGAAUGAAGAAUUGGGAGGAUGCUGAGGUAAGAUGCUUCCUCAAUUUCUGGGCCGAUCAGGAGGUCCAAAAACAACUGGACGGUACGGUUCGGAACAAGAAGGUCUUUCGAGACAUCAGCGAGAGAAUGAACGAGGCAGGAUUCAGCCGGACACCCGAGCAGUUGCGUGAUAAAUUGAAAAAGCUGAAAAAAGAUUACAAGGACGCCAAAGCAAAUAACAACACUAGUGGGGCUGCUAGGGUACAGUGCCCCUUCUACGAUGAAAUCCAUGCCGUGCUUGGGAAUCGGCCCAGCAUCGAGCCUCAGGUGCUUAUUGAUACUGCACAGGAGUCGGACAUGGAGGAGCCAGAGGAACUGGAGCCAGAUUCAAAUACUGUAGGUCAAGAUGCCAGUGACAACAGUGGCAAGACUGAGGAGCUUGGAUUGGAUGAGGAUGAGGCCAAAGCUAUUGAGGUCCCUCCUGAUGCUGGGCCUUCAACUUCAACCCCUAAGACGAAUGUACCAGUUAAACCAAAGAAGAGGAAGCAAGCAUCGAGCAACAAUGAGGAAGGUAUGGAGAUGUUGGUGAAGAGAAUGAUGGACGAUAGGGCAGCAGCAGCGAGAGAGCAGAGAGAAUGGGAGGAGGAGCGCGAGGAAGCUCAUGAGAGGAGAGAGGACAGGAGAAGACGAGAGGAAAGGGAACAUGAAAUUCGACUUUUUCAGAUGCUAGGCGCAAUGUUUCAGCAUUCGAACCAGCAGCAAAACCAACAAGGAAAUGCCGUCAUGUUUACUCCAGAUGGCAGGUCGUUCAUGGACAUGUAGCUUUAUGCCAUAACUUUCAGCUCAGUUUGUGGAUCAUUUUUUUAAAACAUAUUUUAUACCUUGUAUCUCUAGCAGCUCUCAUUGGUGCCAUUAUAGUAGGCUUGUGUUCAUAUUUAUUCAUGUCAUGGUUUGUUGUUUUUAUUUUAUAAAGUAGUAGCCAUAGUUAGGUAGUUUUAUAACUGCUAAAGACUGCCUUGAUUAUAUUUUGUUUAUGUUUACUGCCAAGAAGAUUCACUGUCU